AAGAAGAAAUUUACGUCACUGCUAAGGCUGGACGAACAUGGCGGCUGUCAUGAGAUUUGUCAACAGAAGCACCUUUGGUUCUAGAAUGGGUCAUCAAUGUUUAUCCUUCAGUUGUUCAGCAGCAGUGGCGAAAUCAGUUCAGGUUGGUGCAUCUGCAGGGAAGGCUCUCCCACAGAGGGUAAAGAUAGUGGAGGUUGGACCCAGAGAUGGUCUUCAGAAUGAAAAGACUCUUGUCCCUACUGAAGUUAAGAUUCACCUGAUUGACAUGCUCUCAGAGGCAGGCCUUCCUGUCAUUGAAGCCACAAGCUUUGUCUCUCCAGAAUGGGUCCCACAGAUGGCCGACCAGGUAGAGGUGAUGAAGGGGAUCAACAGACGGCCUGGUGUGUCCUAUCCCGUACUGACCCCCAACCUCAAGGGCUUCCAGGCAGCUGUGAAGGCAGGAGCAGCAGAGGUGGCCAUAUUUGGCGCUGCUUCUGAGCUGUUUAGUAAGAAGAACAUCAACUGCUCUGUGGAUGAGAGCCUGCAGCGCUUUGAGGAGGUCACCAAAGCAGCCAAAGAGGCCGGUGUGCGAGUCAGAGGGUAUGUGUCAUGUGUGCUGGGAUGCCCAUAUGAGGGCCAGGUGUCACCAGACAAAGUGGCUCAGGUAGCCAAGCGUCUGUAUUCCAUGGGUUGCUAUGAGAUCUCUCUGGGCGACACCAUAGGUGUGGGUACACCGGGCGGCAUGGCUGAGUUGCUGGAGGCAGUGAGCAGGGAGGUGCCUGUUGACGCCUUGGCAGUCCACUGCCAUGACACCUAUGGUCAGGCUCUGGCCAACAUCCUCAUCGCCCUGCAGAUGGGCAUCAGCGUUGUGGACUCAUCUGUGGCUGGCCUGGGCGGGUGUCCAUAUGCACAAGGGGCUUCUGGGAAUGUGGCCACAGAGGAUGUGGUGUACAUGCUGCAUGGACUCGGCAUUCAGACGGGAGUGGACCUGCCCAAGCUGAUGGAUGCUGGAGCGUUCAUCUGUCGUUCCCUGAACAGAAAGACUAGCUCUAAAGUGGCCCAGGCAACCUGCAAACUCUGAACCUGGCUCUACGAAGGCCUAUAAGAGGGAUGUCACAAAUGAUACCUACAGACAUAGCCAGAAGGCAUUACCAAGGCAAGGCACACACACACCUGUGCCACUUAGGUGUAAAAUACUUUUAUUUAGCUGUAGGUAAAAGCGGUUGUAAGAACUGUGUGUGUUCCGUUAUUUGAUAUAAGUCAAGUACCUUUCUUAUAAAUGAAAACAUCCAAAUAGUUGGAAAGCCUUGCUCAAGUGGUGCCUUCUCAUUCUUCUCAUGUCCUCCAUACACCUGGUGCCUUGUCCUUAUUUGUCAAUCUUCAUGUUCAGCCAGCUGUUGGAACUGUGGCUAAGGGAUGAGUAAUGCCAGUAUAUUGCAGUAGGUAUCUAAAACAGACCUUGAUGUUUGCAGAGUGGAAUAGAAAACAGAUCUAUUGAUGAGAAUCAACAAAUUGAUUUAUAUUAUGGGACAGGGAGUCACAGGAUUUCGCCAUUGUGUUGUCAUGUUUGUUGUCAUCUUCCAAAUCUUCCGACUAUCCUUACUUGAAAACCACUUGGGAUUUGCAAACCUACCAUAUUAGGGCAGUAAAGUCCAUCAUUCCAGCAGUUGGAAUAGAA